AAUCCUCACCUUUAAGAGGACCCCGGCCGCCGGGCAGCUAGAGUAAACCCAGCAGCCGAUCGAUCGCUUGCUGUGUGAAUUGUGGCAUCUAUCCAUGGGUAACCACCAGAAGAUCCUCAACUUCCUCCGGUCGGACCCUGCCGCGGUGGCCGCCUGCUCGCCGAGGUCCUUCUCCUCCUCCUCCGCCUCUGUGUCGGACGACGACGGGUACAGCUGCUCGUCUUACCCCACAACAGACGGGGACGCCUCGCCGUCGCGCUACGGCGGCUCCUCCACCCCGCCCACGCCCAAGUCGCCGUGGGCGCACCUCCCGGGCCUCGGCGCCGGGGGUGCCGUUGCCGAACCGGGGGCCACGGGACUCAUCGCGUCGCUGGUCAAGGAGGACGGGCACGUCUACUCGCUGGCGGCGACCGGGGACGUUCUUUACACCGGGACCAACUCACCGAACGUGCGCGUGUGGCGGGACCAGCGCGAGCUCGCCGGGUUCAGGACCGCCAGCGGCCUCGUCAAGGCCAUCGUCGUCGCCGACGACGGCCGCAUCUUCACUGGCCGCCAGGACGGCAAGGUGCGCGUGUGGCGCGCCGACGCGGACAACCCCGCCGUGCACCGCCAGGUGGGCUCACUCCCGAAGCUCAAGGACUACCUCAAGUGCGCCGUCAACCCUACCAGCUACGUCGAGACGCAGCGCCGGGGGCGCCAGCGCGCGGUGUGGCUUCGGCACUCCGACGCCGUGUCCUCCCUCAGCCUCGACGAGGGCGCCGGGCUGCUCUACUCGGCCUCGUGGGACAGGACCUUCAAGGUGUGGCGCGUGUCCAACUCCAAGUGCCUCGAGUCCGUCAGCGCGCACGACGACGCCGUCAACACCGUGGCCGCCGCCGGGUUCGACAGCGUCGUGUUCACCGGGUCGGCCGACGGCACCGUCAAGGUGUGGCGGCGGGAGAUGGCCGCGAAGGGCGACGCCACGAAGCAUGUCCUGAAGACGGUGCUCAGGAAGGGCGAGGGCGCGGUCACCGCCAUCGCCGUGUCGCCCGAGGACCGCGUCGUGUACGUGGGCUCGUCGGACGGGCUGGUCACCUACUGGCACUGGGUCGACGGCGAGGCGAGAUACGGCGGCGUGCUCAAGGGCCACAAGACGGCGGUGAUGUGCCUGGCGGUGGCCGGCAACGUCGUCGUGAGCGGCUCGGCUGACCGGACCCUGUGCGUCUGGGGUCGCGACGGGGCAGAGCACGUGGGUCUCGGCGUGCUAGCCGGACACACCGGGCCCGUGAAGUGCGUCGCCAUGGACGAAGAGGCCGCGGCCGCAGGUUCGGGCGGCGAUCGGCGGUUCGUGGUGUACAGCGGAAGCCUGGACGGGUCGGUCAAGGUCUGGCGCCUGUCGGACGCGGAAGCAGAGACGGCCACGACAGUGCGGGUGACGGAGCGCACAGCAGCAGCAGCACCGGCGCAGCCGUCGCUGGUGUGGAGAGGCCAGCAGGCUCCGUCGCCGUACGCAGAAGCGUGGGCGCCGUGCCAUACGCCGGAGCCGAAGCGCGUGCGCGUGGCAGCUGCGUGAGGUCGAAGCAAUGGUACGCGCGCGCAUGGAAACAAUGUGCUGGCCACAGUUCUGCAAGGAGGAAACAGAGCAGAGAUCGUCGUCUGUCUCUUGUGGUGAACGAUGCGGAGGGUAACAGUGAUCGCAAAAGAACGAGAAGGAGUUGAUCCCUAGGCAAUCGUCCAGCAGCAGGUUCAGGAGUCAGGAGCCAUUUGGACGAGCUUUGCUACACGUGCAGGAUGUUAGAGCAUCCCCAACACAUGCGCAAGGUGCGGCGCCGCUAAAAAACAGUAUACAGUAUUGAAAUCGCCAGUUUUUGCGCACCACGGUGCGCUGGCUCCAUCAUCUGCUGUAAAAUAUAGUGCGCCCGAGUCAAUCCAACAUACACGCUAAACUGCACCGUGCGCGAGUAGCCGGCGCUUUUCAUAUGUUGCAUUUUGGAGACAACUAGUAAGCAUGCACGUAAAUACUAUUUGUUUCAAGA